AUGCUCAGGCACCAGGGCCUGUGCUCCCCUUCCCAGACCCUUCCCGGGUCCUUCCCCAGCCCCGCCCCCGCUGACCAGCCCGAAGGCGUGGCCAGACGGCUCGGGAAGACGCAGCAGCAGAGUGAGUCUUCCCGCCGGCAGGGGGCCCUCAGCCGCGCCCGCCGCCCCGGAACGCCCGCCCGCCCGGGCUCCUCCGCUCCUUGCCCGCUUCCUCCCGGCCGCGCGGGGGGGGGGGGCGGCGGCGGAGGUGGCAGCGGUCCGAGGCGCGCCCCGGGGCCCGGCCCCCGCCUGCUAACGGCGGCCGCUCGCGCCGGCUCCUUGAUGUGUCCGCGGCAGAGCAAGCAGGAGAUCCACCGGCGCUCGGCGCGCCUGCGGAAUACCAAGUACAAGUCGGCCCCGGCGGCCGAGAAGAAAGUGUCCACCAAGGGCAAAGGCCGCAGGCACAUCUUUAAGCUGAAGAACCCUAUCAAAGCUCCUGAAGCAGUUUCCACUAUCAUUACUGCAGAAUCAAUAUUUCACAAGGGAGUGUACUAUCAGAUCGGAGAUGUUGUUUCUGUGGUUGAUGAACAAGAUGGAAAAACUUACUAUGCGCAGAUAAGGGGCUUUAUCCAGGACCAGUACUGUGAGAAGAGUGCAGCGCUAACUUGGCUCAUCCCCACACUGGCCAGCCCCAAAGACCAGUUUGACCCAGCGUCUUAUAUCAUAGGACCAGAAGAAGACCUUCCAAGGAAGAUGGAAUAUUUGGAAUUUGUUUGCCAUGCACCUUCAGAAUAUUUCAAGUCUCGAUCCUCACCAUUCCCCACUGUUCCCACUAGACCAGAGAAAGGGUACAUAUGGACUCAUGUUGGACCUACUCCUGCCAUUACCAUUAAGGAAACAGUUGCCAACAACUUGUAGUCUAGGAUUGUUUUUUAAGACUCAGUUUUCCUAUGUUUUCUAUGCACACCAUUACAAGAUGUCCUCUUAAUAUAUUUACUGGAAUUGUUGGCUAGCUGAAGAAAUAACUUUUAAAAAAAUCUUUUAUUAUUACAAAUAGGUAAAAUAGUAUCUCCUUGGACAUAGUUAGCUUUUCCUUCCCUCAUUUUUAACCAAUCUUGUUUUAGAAUCAUUCUAAAAAGGUACCUAUAUAGAAUAGGAUAGGAUAGGAUAGGAUAGCUGUCUCCUUUCCUAAGCUAGGAUCUCCUGCAAGGGAGGAAGUUUCUGAUAAAGGAAGCCCUACUUUUCACCAGGACAUAUUCCUACCAUCAGUGUGAUGAUGGAGGUGCUAGCUUCCCAUCCUAAAGUGCUGCGUACAUGAUGCUCUGGCCUUGGACCCCAUUCUCAGCCUUAGGAUGACCAAUAUGUCAUAAAAACAUAUAAAAACUCUAAAUAUCUUUUUAUACUUAAAAUAGUGAGACUGUGCCAUGCCUGUGAGGUGAACAUAAACAUAUUUACACAGAUUUAAAUAGGAAAUCGUGCAGUGACAUACAUCAAGUAUGCGCUACAGAAUUUUAAAUAGGACCUAAAACUCACACAGUGGCUAGAGUCCCAGUGGAAGGGCUCUGGCACAGUAGCCGGGCACACCGGAUAUUUUGAUAAAAGUUUUCCAACCAGGUUUGAUGAGUGAUUGAUGAUUGAGCUGAUGACACCUUUCUUUGCGUAUUCCAGUCAACCCUGGCUAUUCCUUCAAGGGCUCUAGGAGGGGUUCCAUUGGCUCACUGUGGGCAGUAGUUUCUCCCACUGAGAAACAUGUUAAGGAUGACCCCAUUCCCUACCUCUUUGGCAUGUUCCAAGCUGCUGCUCAUUAUCAGAUCAGACCAGAGGUUGUCAGUGCACUGUCUAAUGACCAAAACCUAAGCAGAGCACAACCUUCUCAAAAAGGCUCUUAGGAAUGUUUCUCAUGGACAUGGGAGCUGGGUCAGAGCAGGGUGGGCUCAGCCCCAGGACAGGAGGCUGCCUAUGCCCACCCUACCAGGAGGGCUUGUCCUUGGACUCCCAUGGAAGCUGCUGACUUGUCAGUAGAAAACUGAGUGAAAUAACAUCCCUGUGGUUUUAAAAUGUAAAAGUUUUACAUUAUCCCUUUGUCUUUGUACCUUUCCUAUACACACUUAGGCUUAUAUCUGGCAGAAGUGACUACCAUUUGAGUCUUAAAGUUUAUUGUAUUUAGUAUUCUAUUUAUGUCUUCCCCAAGAGUAGUUGUGAGUCAUUGUAAAUAUUGUAAAUAAUUGACAUAUGCUAAUGCCUAAAACUUUUGGAUUAAAAUAUAUUUUUCAAAGCUA